AUGAAUCCAGCUGAUCAAGGACACCACCAGACAAGCCUCCAGGCUGGAAUCAGACUGGAGCAGAACCAGACUGCCAGGCCAAGGGACACCAUCUCGGACAGGCCAGGGUUUGAUGAUUACCACCAUGACCAGCAUCAACAACAUCACGGAGGUCAUUCACACUCGCACGAUCACGGUCAUAGUCACGACCACGCCCACGGUGGCCACGGUCACAGCCAGGAUCACGGCCAUGACCACGGAGAACACGGAUCCCUGGAAGACAAUGACGCAGUGCACGAGGAGACGCUUCAUUUUCACAAGAUCAUCAAGGCGUUCUCUCAGUACAAGGCUAGCGCCAUGUAUGCCAACCACCGUCGACGGACCGAUUUCUACUCCUUGCCCGAAAGGCAACAAAAGAUGCUGCCGACAUAUCUUGAGAGAAUGGAACGGAUUGAUGAUGCCAUCGAGGCCAACUACGAGAUCAUCAAGAUUAUCUGUGAAGACCAGCAGAUUUUUGUGAACGAGGAUCGCGCGACCGCAAAGGGUAAGCCCGAACGAGAUGCGAUCUACGAACCACUGAUUCAGGAACUUCGAACCCGAUUCGCAUCAGUACCUGUAGAGCAGCGUGGCGGGAUCAAUGUGCUCGUCCCCGGAUCAGGACUUGGCCGCCUUGCCUUUGACAUUGCCCACGAGGGGUUCAGUGCGCAAGGAAACGAGUUCUCGUACUAUAUGCUCCUUGCGUCCAACUUCAUCCUGAACAAGAGCCAACGGAUCAACCAGUUCAAGAUCUACCCUUACAUCCACUCGUUCUCAAACAUUGCCAAAUCGAGCGAUGUCCUGACCGAGGCCUCGAUCCCAGAUGUCAACCCUAGCGAGAUCCCUCGGGGCACUGACUUUUCGAUGGUCGCGGGAGAUUUUAUUGAAGUUUACGGCAUGGAGGAAGAGAAUUACGGGAAAUGGGAUGCGGUGGUGACAUGCUUCUUCAUCGAUACCGCCAAGAACAUUGUGGACUACUUGGAGACCAUCCACAAGAUCCUGAAGAAGGGAGGUGUCUGGAUCAAUGCCGGUCCGUUGCUGUGGCACUUUGAGAACACCCCCAACGAAAUCUCGGUGGAGCUCAGUCUGGAGGAAGUGAUCGAGUUGGCAAAGACGAUUGGGUUCAAGAUGGAGAUCCAGGAGCCCGUCAAGAGUACUUAUAUGGCCAACCCCCAUGGGAUGCUCAAGUAUGUCUAUGAGUGCGCUCGUUGGACCGCUACCAAAGUCUGA